CUGCCAGUCGUCGAGCCAGUUCCUGUCCGCGUCCGUGUUGACAGCUCUCACACCCGACACCGGUAGCUGCUAGCCCGGAGGAUGCACUAGUGGCUGUUUGAAUGGUUCUGUGGGAAGAAGCACAACCACAACUGUGAUGCAAGGAUUUUAAAACUCACGUUAAUCUUUGGUUAAAACAGAAAGAGCGAAGCCACACUGCCCGGACUUGAGAGCAGACGAGCGUCUAAGAGACUGAGAGUGUCUGAGAAAGGCCAUGGACCACCAGAGGCAGAGGACUCUCUCCACAUCAGGAGACUCGUUGUAUGCUGUGCUCGGAGUUGACAAGGCUGCCACAACAGAGGAUAUUAGGAAAUGUUACAGGAAGCUGGCAUUGAAAUAUCACCCCGAUAAAAACCCAGACAACCCAGAUGCAGCUGAAAAAUUUAAGGAAAUAAACAACGCCCAUUCUAUCCUGGUUGAUGGCACCAAGAAGAACAUCUAUGAUAAAUAUGGCUCACUGGGGCUAUACGUGGCAGAACAAUUUGGAGAGGAGAAUGUCAACACUUACUUUGUUCUGUCUAGCUGGUGGGCAAAGGCGUUGUUCGCUUUCUGCUGCCUGGCAACAGGUUGUUAUUGCUGCUGCUGCCUGUGUUGCUGCUGUAACUGUUGCUGUGGGAAAUGUAAACCUCGGCCACCCAUGGACCAGGAACCGGACUUCUUUGUCUCACCUGAGGACCUUGAGGCCCAGAUGACUGCAGACGAGAGAGAUGGAGGUGAACCCAUCAUCAUGCAGCCAUCAUCAGCCACAGAAACCACUCAGCUCACCUCUGAUGCACAUCAAAGCUACAAGACAGAUAAUUACUAAACAUGCACAUGUACAUAAACACAGCUCACACUUUUCAAGUCAUCACAGAAACUAGGACUGGGCGGUCUUGACUUAAAUUAAUUUCAAUGUUAUUCCAGCAUCAUUUUAAACUUGUAUGUGUUCCAUGAAUUGUUUUUAAAAAUUCUCAUUCACCCACACAUCUGUUUUUAUAUCUGGAUAUAUACAGUUUGUAGUAUGUAGUGCUUCUAUCAGCCCAUUACAAAUACAUUUCUAUCAACAAAUCUAGUGACUUUUUGAUAAAAUAAAAGUAUUCACUUGCUGUUAGUUGCCAAAACAGCCCAGCAAGUGCAAGCACCUGCUUUUCCUCCAGCAUUUCUCUUUACAUGAGCUGACAAUUGUCACGUUCCGUUACACUUUUUCACGAAAUAAAUUCGAAACUGUGAUUUUUUGCGAUUAAAAGUAGUGCAGCGGUGGGUCUGUGUUUUGGAAUAACCAUCAUUCCCGUAACUUUCCGCAUCUCAUCCUGCAAGACUUCUCUUCAAAGUGACGAAGAAGAUAGACAAAAAAAUAUUUUUUUGUGACAAAUUAUUGCAGUUGGUGCCACCUCUGUAGAGAAAAUAGUCAGAUGAUGAAGGCAGCAGAUGAUCAUUCAAAUGACUAUUCAGAAAGAAAGCUCUUAUGUAGUGCAGUAAUGCAUGAUGAUUAAGUAGUGUUAUAGUACAACUAGAUGGUAUGAAUGAGGUUAAAAACAGCCAGAAACUACAUUUUGAUGACUUUAGAUUGACGGGCUACGUCACCUUUAGCGCUGCCAGACAUGGAAAUGUGCAAAUAGUGAUUCCAUUACACUUUAGGGAUAAACUGAGUUAUCAAAUCACCUGGAAAACCACAUGUGCGUGAAAAGAUUUUUGCGAUAUUUGGGAGUUUAUUCCGCGUUAGAGCCAUUUCCAUUACAGGAUUUCGUUUAAUAUUUGGGGUUUUCGUCCAUUCGAGGGGUAAUGAAAACACGACUGAAGAAAGAGAGACAUUAGGAUCUGAAGCUGACGUCAUGAAGAGAUUGUGGUACAAGACGCAACAGUGACCCCUUUCUCAUUCUGCCUUCAUUCACAAACGGUGCAUUCACAGUGAUCCUAGAAAGGCACAGUAUUCCCUCCCCAGUGUGUUCUUUCGUAAAGCGUUAUGCCAUUCAUCACUCUGUUCCUCACCUCUAUUUCACAAUCCACAGUCUGCAACAAGUCCUUCAGGUUUCUGGUCUCUGAUUUGAUCUAGUCUCCACUGAAUAAUGCAGCUUAGUACCUGGGACACCCACAAUAGUGUCAGCCUCCCCAUUACUGCAAGCUUGUCUUCCUGCUAUUGCUGCGAGAGGCAGAUGGCAGCCUUGCUUCAGCCGGGAUGACGGCUCGAGGUUCCUAAGUUGCUAAGCUUGGCAGCAGCGUUUGCUGAGUAGCUAGCGCCUUAAGCUGAGUGACAGCAUUUGUACUAAGGCCAGCCCAGCUGGUCUCUGGCCCUCCUGCCUGCCUUGUUAACGCUGACACUUUUUCCCCGCCGGUCAUUUACAGACUAAGCAGAGGUGACACAUGCUGUCAAAGCAUGCCAGUGUUUGUAAUGGAAUCAUCAUCAUGACCUCGGGGGUAUUAUUGGUAAGGGCAUUGUGCCCCACUAUGCCCACUUCUCCUAACACACAACUGUUGUUUAAUUUCAUUUCCAGUAAAGAAAUCUAUCGAUGGUAGAAAUCUAGAAUUCCCAAUCCUGAAUACAAUUCGCCUUCGUAUUUAGUUAAGGUACACUGACAUACAAAAAGGCACAUUAGUCCUGAAUUGAGGAAUCUCUUUGAAAAUGGCUCCUGACAGGAGGAUAUAAAUGGUAUGUCAAAAUUCUAUGUAUGACAUAAAAGUUACUAAAGUACCUUUUAGUAAUUACUAUUUUCUUUUAAAAUACAGUGAAGGGAAGAUUGUUAAGUAUCGCCCAGCCCUAAGAGCUACUUUAUCAGCCAAUAACACACUCAUACAAUCACACAUGGACAUCAAAGAUGGGCUGCACCACGAUCACAGGACUCAUGGAUAUAUGCUGCACACAUACUUGCACAGUUCAUCACUUCAUCCUCCUCACACUGAACCACACAUGACAAAAUAGUCAUGACUUUGCUCACCAACGGACAAGCUCUCUGGUGAAGCCUUUUUGUUUUUUUCACAACCAAGAUUGAAUAAGAGAAGGAGGAAUAAAGGGAGCUGCUGCAGAGGGAAAUGCACCUGAAUUAAUUCUGCUUUUCUUUCUUUGCACAUAUCAUGAUGGUUUUGAUUUUGGUUUUGAUAUUUUUAUCCCCUAUCUCAUAUAUAUGAGAUAUGUCCUCAUAUGAUAUAUGAGGAUUAAUGAAAAUGGUAAUCUAGAGUCACGGCAGGGAGUAGAUAAGGUUUUAGUGAUGAAUUGUCAGAAUGUGGACGCUGAUCUGCUGGAUACAUCAUAGGAUGGUUUUACCUGUAGGAUGUACCCAAACUUUUUUUCUUUUUCAAGACAUGAACUGAAAUGAUGUUAGCUGUCUAAAUGUUAGUAAACGAGUAAGACAGUGAGGUGGGUAGUGAUUUCCAACUAAUAUUUUUGUAAUCCGGGAAAAAAUGCUUGUUUUUAACCCAAGGUGGAAAUUUGGCUUACAGCUCAUUAUAUUUGCUUAUAUUUAAAUGUAUUUAUGUUUCCACUUGUCUGUGUGAUCACCAGCAUCAUCAUAAAGAAAAUGUGUAAGCCUCUGUACAGUCAACGCCAUGUUUCCUUAAUCUGUAAAACAUCCACGUCUGUCAGUAUCAUGUCAAGGAAACUUGAGCGUUUUCUAAAUUGUAGAUGUUUUCUAAUUGUCUAGAAUGCAAAAAGUAAUUUUUAUCUCUUGGAUGUGUAGGCGACUGUUUCUUGUUAGCUUGCUGAGAAACACUUCACUCAACUCCUUGCUGACUGUGGAAGUAAGUCAGAGAUCACAUCUGUCCUGUCAGCCAAAAAUGAUUGAUCCACAUGUGGAGAAGGUCAUUGUUUUAUUCUCUCCACUCUAAUGUUCAUUAUGACGGGGGCGCUAGUAGCUGUGAAGAAUUAGCUCGCACUUACAUGUUGUUUUUGUUUUUAACGUUGAGAACUAAUUGUUAAUGAUGGGAAAUGAUGAAUGCCACAAUGCUUGUCACGUUUAUGUAUCAAAGUAAUGCUCUCUUCCAAUACUGAUCACACCUUAACUGUCCUCAACUAAACUUAAAAUGCCAUUAGAUUUUAUCCACUUCCUUAUCUAAAUACUGGACCACUGGACCUCCAGCAUUAAAGGGUAAAUUGUCCACACUUAUCUUUCACCGUUUUAACCCUGGUUCAGCAAAUACUUUACAACGACAAGUUUUUCAUGCAACCAUUCACACCCAUGCAGCCCGUUGCAGCUCAAUAUUAGCUGCAUUUGUGGAGCUUCUCUGUUCAACCAAGAAACUUCCCACAUUGAUUCAGAUUCUCAUUCUAUAAUGUUGAGGUUCUGCGACCUGUCCGCUGUCUUUGUCUUCAUUUCUCCGUGUAUUCACUCUCUCCUCAACAUGUAAAGAAUUCAGGUGUGUGUGUGUAUCUGUGUGUGAGCGCGCGUGUGCGGUAUUAAAAUUGGCAAUAUAUCACAUCCACAGAUGUCACAUGUUAAUUGAUUGAACCCUCCUUUUUGUUAGUUUGUUGUUUUUUUUAUUGUGGGAAGAAAAAAAUACUGCAUGUGUUGUAAAGUGUAUGUGUGCUAUUUGUUUUAGUUGGUCAGAAGAAUUUCAUUUGUUUCCUCCCUGUUGUAUAUGUCUCUAGAUUGGCUCAUCAGUUCUUGUGUUGUGUUUAGUUAUUUUUUUUAUGUUGCUGAUAGAAGGAAGAUAUAAAUGUCUGAAGUUUUAUUUGUUCAUGUGGCAGGAGUUUUGUGGAACACGUAACCAUCAUCAUAGAUGGACCAAUUUACAAAAAUCACUUUUGUUAGGGUGUCAUUUCUCUUUUCAAAAAUACAUCACUUACAAACAUGCACUAAUUCAGUAGUUAAAAAAUAAAUACAGGAACAUCAUGGUGGUUUGUUUCGAUAGUUUAAGUAAAAAACACUAUGAACCUAAUUGGCUAAUUUAUUUAGUUUGUUUUUGGGAGCUUAGUCAAACACAAACAUAUCAUGAGAGUGCAAUAAGAGCUGAUGGAUGGGGGGAUUGUUCCAAGCCUCUAUUCUAGUUGUAGACUUGGAGCAAAGUUUGCCAAUGUUUCAGGUAAUUUACUGCUUUGUAAAAUGUGCUUUUGUUGAUGCCCUAAAAAGUCUUGAAUGGAAUAAAUAAAGCUUUUAUCAGAUAUAUUUCGUUUGGUUAGCUUUUCAGUGUAUGCAACUUAGUACCUGGAAUACAUGAACAUCAAGUCAAGACACUCCCACUAUUCAGUCCCCAUAAUGUCAUACAUGAUAAAAACUGAUCUAAGUGUUAAUAUAGUGAACUGCAGCAUUAUUUUAUUUAUUUUACUUUUAAUUUUAAUAUUGGAAUUGCUAGCUGUUAUGUCAAGGAGAUGUAUAGAGUUUUACAUGUGAGCCAUUUUGACUGAUCCAACAACAUGGCAGACCUGCUGUAAAUGCACACUGUGCAUACUGUAGAGAUGUGGAAGUUUGAUGUUUUUAGCAUGGACUGAUGAUGUUUGUGUCUGUCAGGCUGACAUGUAUGGGUGAAUAAAUGAAGUAUCUGAUGUACUCAUGUAAAAUAAAUGUUUCUGAUGCUUCAGAGCCUGA